CACCGCCGAGCAGCGCAGCCGCUUCACGAGCAACGUGUGCACGGCACAGGCGCUGCUCGCCAACAUGGCCGCCAUGUACGCCUGCUUCCACGGGCCCGACGGCCUGCGCCGCAUCGCCGCAAAGACGCAGUGAGUGGGCGUGCAGAGGACAGGGCGCAGCGGCAGGGCACAGCGAAGGCAGAAGACAGAGGGCCGCGUAGGGUGUUUUGUGCAGAACACGCCGCGUAACGUUCGGCAUUCCCAGACUUGUUCUCGCUCCGCUUCUGCACUUUUCACUGACUCGUAGCGCAGCGCCUACACGCGCGUCCUCGCCCUCGCGCUGGCGGACCUGCAGCUGCCGCCAUUGAACGCCUCGCAGCCCUUCUUCGACACGCUCACCGUCGAGCUGCCGGCCGGCACGCCGGCCGCUGCCGUGCACUCCGAGGCGCUCAAGGCGAACCUCAACCUGCGGCCCAUCAGCGAGUCGCGCGUCGGCAUCACGCUCGACGAGACCGUCACGAUGGAGGAGCUGCUGGCGCUCAUCAACGCCUUUGCUCGUGCGGCGUCCAAGGCCGAGCUCGGCGUGGCGGACCUCAAGAGCCUCGCCGACAAGGCCGGCAUUGACGGUGCGGCGCUGCAGGGCCUGAACAUCGGCGACGCGUCCGGCGAGGCGCACGGCCUGGCGCGCGAGUCGGCUAUCCUGACGCAGCCGAUCUUCAGCGCGCACCGCUCCGAGACGGACCUGCUGCGCUACAUCCACCACCUGCAAUCCAAGGACCUCAGCCUCGUGCACUCGAUGAUCCCGCUCGGCAGCUGCACGAUGAAGCUCAACUCGACGACGUCCAUGUCGCUCCUCUCGUCGCCGCAGUACGGCGGCAUCCACCCCUUUGCGCCGACGGACCAGUCGCAGGGCUACGCACAGCUCAUUGCCGAGCUCGAGGAGGACCUUUGCCAGCUGACGGGCUUCCCGGCCGUCUCGCUGCAGCCCAACUCGGGCGCGCAGGGCGAGUUUGCCGGCCUCUCCGUCAUCCGCGCCUACCUUGACUCGACGCAGCAGGGCCACCGCGACGUGUGCCUUGUGCCCAACUCGGCGCACGGCACGAACCCGGCGUCGGCCGUCAUGGCCGGCAUGCGCGUCGUGGCCGUGAAGAACGGCUCGGACGGCAACCUGGACCUCGACGACCUGCGCGAGAAGGCCGAGAAGCACAAGGACAACCUCGCUGCCUUCAUGGUCACCUACCCGAGCACGCACGGCGUGUUCGAGGCCGGCGUGCGCGAGGCCUGCGAGAUCAUCCACGCCAACGGCGGCCAGGUGUACAUGGACGGCGCCAACAUGCAGGCCCAGGUCGGCCUCACGAACCCGGCCGUCAUCGGCGCCGACGUGACGCACCUGAACCUGCACAAGACCUUCUCCAUCCCGCACGGCGGCGGUGGUCCGGGUGUGGGCCCGAUCUGCUGCGCCGCGCACCUCGCGCCCUUCCUGCCCGGCCACCCGCUCGACCCGCGCGUCGGCGGCGAGCAGGCCAUCGACUCGAUCUCGGCCGCGCCGUGGGGCAGCGCCAGCAUCCUCACCAUCGCCUGGGCCUACAUCAAGAUGCUCGGCUGGGAGGGCCUGCGCAAGAGCUCGACGGUCUCGCUGCUCUCGGCCAACUACAUGGCCAAGCGCCUGGCGCCGCACUACAAGCUGCGCUACACCAACGAGCACGGCCGCUGCGCGCACGAGUUCCUGCUUGACCUCGCCGAGUUCGGCAGCCACAACAUCACCGUCAGCGACGUGGCCAAGCGCCUGAGUGACUACGGCUUCCACGCCCCGACGUGCUCGUGGCCCAUCAGCACCGGCCUGCUCAUCGAGCCGACCGAGUCCGAGUCGCUCGCCGAGCUCGACCGCUUCUGCGAGGCGAUGAUCUCGAUCCGCGGCGAGAUCCAGGACGUCAUGGACGGCAAGCAGGGCGACGACAAGUCGAACAACUCGCUCAAGAACGCACCGCACACCGUCGAGUGCCUCACGGACGAGAAGUGGGACCGGCCGUACAGCCGCGAGACAGCUGUGUUCCCCGUCAAGAGCCUGCGCGAGAAGAAGUUCUGGCCGGCCGCGAGCCGCCUCAACGACGCGCACGGCGACAUGAACCUCGUCUGCGAGUGCGGUGACGUCUCCGACUACGCCGAGAAGGAGUAAGCCUCCUGCCGCCAUGCUCUGCCCGCGUCUGCCUCGCUGGCGCCCGUCUGCUCUUUCCCGUCGCGCUCCGUGCUCCUCGUUCCCUCAACA